AUGAAGCCUUCUACACUCGUUUACACGGUGGUUGGCUUGCUGUCGCCAAUCGCCACUUCUGCAAUAGAGCUCAAUGUUGACGAUCCAGAAUCGAUCAAAAGCGCAACCAAGAUUGUUGCAGCAGGUGUGAGAGAUUGGUAUACGGGUGAUCGAGUCGGCGACACACCUGGCAAUCUGCCGGAUCCCUACUACUGGUGGCUAUGCGGCGCCAUGUUCGGUUCCUUCAUCGACUACUGGUACUACACUGGUGACGACUCAUACAACACUAUUACGACACAAGCAAUGGUCCACCAAAUCGGUACACCACAGGCUUUCAUGCCACCUAAUCAAACGAGUACACUUGGAAACGACGAUCAAGCAUUUUGGGGGAUAACAGCUAUGUCGGCAGCGGAGAACAAGUUUCCAGAUGCUGAGGGUCAGAUGUCGUGGUUGUCGCUCGUCAUUGCCGUCUUCAACACACAGGUUCCGCGUUGGAACACCAGAACCUGCGGUGGUGGACUCAACUGGCAGAUCUUCACAUUCAACAACGGAUACGAUUACAAGAACACAAUUUCGAAUGGAGCGUUAUUCAACAUCGCGGCCAGGCUGGCAAAAUACACAGGCAACAGCACAUAUUCCGAGUGGGCUGUGAAGGCGUAUGACUGGGAACUCAGUGUUGGGCUCAUCAGCCAGGACUACCACUUCUACGAUGGCACGACCGAACGCAAGAACUGCACGGAGGUCAAUCACAUUCAAUGGACCUACAACGCAGGCAUCCACAUGUCCGGCGCCGCAGCUAUGUGGAACAUGUCAGAAACGGCAGGCGACACCACUCAAGCAGCCCUUUGGCGCGGCCGCCUCGAAGGCAUCAUAAAAGCAACCGACGUAUUCUUCUCUGCCGACGGCACACCCAACGUCAUGAUCGAAGUAGCCUGUGAGCGCAAUGGGCUAUGCGACCACGACCAGCGCUCAUUCAAAGCCUACCUCUCGCGCUGGAUGGGCUACACCAUGCUCACCGCGCCCUGGACGCGCGAGUCCAUUAUGCCACGUCUGCGUGCCUCUGCCGUCGCAGCGGCCAAGCAGUGCGGUCCCGGCAAGGGUGGAUGUGGACUGCGCUGGUGGCAGGGCGGUGUAAAUGAUGGCGAGGUGGGUAUCGGUGAACAAAUGAGUGCGCUCGAGGUUAUGCAGAAUCUGCUUGUCGAUCAGGUCUCAGGGCCCGUGGGCGAGCAAACGGGUGGAAUCAGCAAGAACGAUCCUACUGCAGGCAGUGACGGGGGGAACCUGGUCAUUGAGCAUGAUCCCAUUACCACGGCGGAUAGGGCUGGUGCGGGUAUCCUGACUGCACUGGUGCUUGCGUUCUUGUUUGGUGGAGGUUGGUGGUUGAUUACUGGAGAUUAG